CUCCCCAGUGGCAUCCCCAUCCACCCUCAUCGGAAGCUCCCCAACUCCAAGCCUCCUUCCAGCAGCGAAGAAGCGAGGAGCCAGCCGGAGAGCGGCGAUCGAGCAGCGUCGCGACACCAGCCAGUCGGAUACAAGCGAUCCAAUGGCGCCCAGAAGGUCACCGUCGCCGGCCGGGAGCAGCGGCAGCGGCAGCGCCGUGUGCGCGCCAGCGGCGGCGGCGGCGGGGCAGCAGCCGAGGCUCCGAGGCGUGCGGAAGCGGCCGUGGGGCCGGUACGCGGCGGAGAUCCGCGACCCCGUACGCAAGGCGCGCGUGUGGCUGGGGACCUUCGACACGCCCGAGGACGCCGCGCGCGCCUACGACGCCGCCGCGCGCAGGCUCCGGGGGCCGCGCGCCGCCACCAACUACCCGGCCCAGGACCCGAGGGCCGUGGCGGCGGACGCUCCGGCGGCGAGCAGGAGCGGGAGCGUUGCGCUGUCGGAGGGCGCGUCGUCUUCCUCGUCGCGCUCCCGGGACUCGCCGCUGGCGGUCACGGUGGCCGUCGCGGCGGCUCCGUCGAAGGACCUGAGUCUGGCGCUCCCGGCCACGCCGUCGUCGUACCACAUGUUCCUGGACCCGGCCGCGACGAUGGUAGCCGUGGCGCCAGCGCUGCUGCAGUUCCUGCCGCCCAAGAGUGAGGAAGACCAGAGCUUCUCAGGGUCGUGCUCCUCCUCGUCGGCGGUGUUCGACGCUGCGCCGGCCGUGGGCCUGGGGCUCGACCUCAACCUGGCGCUGCCGGCCGAGAUGGUGAGGUGUAAAUAGGCUGCAGAUUUGUGUAUUCGCCGAGAUGGUGUUUUCGCGAAUUUAGGAAAAUUUCCAACUCUCAAAUGGCUUUUUCUUCUUCCUCGUCAGAGCAAAUUGGCCCAGUAAAGCAACACAUGCAGAUAGUCAGCUAGCUGUUGGCAUUGGUCUGACUUGUUCUCAUCCGUUGCAAGGAGGAGCAAGAUUGAUCUCUCGUGUGUGGAGUUCCUUGUUCUUGAAGAACAGUAUAUGUUAAUUCAUGUGCAGCUGCAGCGUGCACAGCCUAAUUAUCUCUCGGUGUCAUGCAUGAAAGAUCUACAAGGUCUAUU